AUGGGAAGAGCAGCGGAGUCUAGAAGAGGCGGGCCUGGUAGUAGAAUGGAUGGUGGUUCAAACGUAGAUGAGCGUCGGCCAACAGCACCACUAAUGACUAUAUUGAGAUCGAGAAUAAGGCAGCCGCAGUUCUACUGGUUUCUGGGUCACUUCAUGGCAUGCUACCAUUUCGUAAGGUUUUACCUUUCACUGUUUUCCGUGGUAGGGCAAAAAUAUCACUAUACAAGGGUGUUGUUCUAUAUUUCAGUGACGUAUGCUAUUGUGCUGUAUCAGUUCUACAAGAGUGGGCAAUUAGAAAUGGGGAAGCUUGUGCGGCAAUUGCAAAAAUUAGAUAACUUGCAGUAUUUUUGCGUAUCAACGCUACUUUACAUGUGUUCAUUGAACAAUGCAAUGGUUAACGGCGCUCUGAAUUCGCCAAUAAUCUUUUCGUUUUUCCACACUUUGAACUAUUUUAAGGAGAACCUGUUGCCAUUUCUGCCCGUCAAGCCCAUCCUACGCAUGGCAAUUAAGACUAACAUUGGUAAUUUCAUCGGCUCGUAUAACGGGUACUGUUUACGAACAGCGCAGGUUUUUGAGAUCAUCUGCGGUGCGCGCUCUGGUUUGAUCGACUUGCCGCUCACGUUGGUUAAGUUGAUUCUAUUCGGUUUCCACACUGAGCGUCUAUUCACCCUCUGUGCACUGCUAACUUAUGUUUGGUUUUUCAAGUUGCGCUACAAUCAGUGUGAAUCGAUCAGAGUUAUGUUACAACAGUUUGUGCAUCUUGCUGAUACAACCGUCCAUUCCAAAUUCCCUCCAUCGAUCGGUGAAAAGUGGCAGAUGCUCAAGAAUGUCGUUAUAAUCUUGUUUUCCAAGAUACCUGCAUAA